AAGAGGCGGUGGCGGUCAACGACCCCCCAGAGGGCGGGGCCGAGGAGGAAACCGAGGAUGGAGAGGGGGCAGAAACUACACUCCAGGCAACCAGCAUGGUUAUCAGGAACAAUUCAAUCAGCAACCAGGACCACCUCACAUGGGUGCAAACUAUCCAGGAGCCAAUCAGGCUCCACCUGAUAAUCUCUGUUGGGGGUGUGGACAGCCAGGCCACAUACGAGCCCAAUGCCCUAGCAAUCCAUGGGAAGGUCCAGCACAAAACUGGCCCAACACAGAACAGCCACGCCCUUGGUAGGGGUGCCCAGAGAAGCCUGAGGGGGAACUAAUAUUACCAGCUAUCUCAUUACAGUCACAUGAUGAACCAAUCAUACCUGUUGUCAUCCAGGAGCGUGAGUAUCCUUUCAUGGUAGACACAGGUGCUACAUAUUCAUGCAUUGGAAAAGAAGGCUCAAGGAUCCCCCUCUCCACAUCAUCGAUAAAAACAAUAGGCUUCUCUGGGAAAUCACAAGUCAUACCAUUGACAGAGCCCGUUCCAAUGCUCAUUGCAGGCAAGGUCAUUUGUGCUCCUUUGCUAUAUUCAGCCUGCACCCCAGUAAAUUUGCUAGGAAGAGACAUUCUAUGUCCUUUAAAAGCUAAGAUCAUGUGUACCCAAGAUGGACUGUAUUUGGAUUUCCCUGAUGAUCCCCCACAAGGCAUGAUGUCCCAACUUCCCCAAACUACACCAGAAAAACAGCAGGCCUUAGCUUAUUGGCUCCAGUUGACACCUGAAGAGUCACAUCUCAAACAGAAAUGGGCUGAAUGGGAGGCGUGGAUUCGCAUGCACUACGACACAGCACACACCCCCACUCUGCCACUGCACUGCACGCUCAUGUACGACAAAGAUCAGACUCAUGUAGAUUACCAAGAGUGUUGGGAUGCAGUAAUCAACAAAAAACCAUGUCUGAUCACAAGUGAAGACAUAUUUCUGGGACCGGAGGGUGUAGCGGCGGCUGUUCACCUUCCAGAAGAAUUAUCAGGGUGGUUUCAAAUACCAAAUUCCACGCCACAUGUUACAUUGUUGGUGGCAGAAAAUUAUGAGUCUCAUCAUCUUGGUCCUAUGGUCAAGCGUGCCCUGCAGGUGCAGGAGUGGAUGCCCACACAAAAUAAAUACAUUCACAUUUCUAAAGAUAAGCAGUUCAUCAGAAUCUCACUCAAAGUAGGUGAUGAGGCAGUAGCAGACAAGGUAGUGGUAGAUGCAGCCACACCCACACAAAUGGCAAUCACAACAGAACAUGAAGAGAUGCUAAACCAAGUCCCACCGCAGUUGUGGACAGCUCACAAAACGGACGUGGGCUUAAUAAAAUCAGCUCAACCACUUCACAUUAAGCUAAAACCACACGUUAACUUACCAUAUCAAAAACAGUACCCUCUCAAGCAGCAUGCGAUUGAUGGUAUCAGACCAACAAUUAAGGGAUUGGUAGAAGCAGGGGUAUUGGUUGAGACUAGAAGCCCUUGCAACACACCUAUCUUCCCCAUAAGGAAACCAAAUUCAACAGACUACCGUUUAGUCCACGAUUUACGAGCUGUAAACGCGGUAAUAGACGGAGAAGUACCACACGUUCCAGACCCACAUACGUUGCUCUCAAAUAUUCCACCAGACACCCAGUGGUACACAGUUAUUGAUUUGUGUUCAGCUUUUUUCAGUGUACCACUACACCCAGAUUCUCAGUAUCUGUUUGCCUUCACGUAUGAAGGUCGGCAAUUUACAUAUAAGCGCCUUCCACAGGGCCUAUCUGAGUCACCUUCGCUCUUUAACCGCGCUUUGACACAAGACCUGACUAGCUUGAAUGUGCCAAGUACUGUGUUACAGUAUGUAGAUGAUUUGCUUAUCUGUAGUGCAACCAAAGAACAAUNCCUCCCACAGGGCCUAUCUGAGUCACCUUCGCUCUUUAACCGCGCUUUGACACAAGACCUGACUAGCUUGAAUGUGCCAAAGAAAUCUGGCUUUGCGUGUGCUGUCCUGAUGCAAGACACACCUACAGGUAAACAACCACUAGCCUAUUACAGCACCAAACUUGACAACAUAGAGGCUGGUUUGCCACCCUGCUACCAGGGAUUGGCGGCAGCUGUUUUUGCCUUUCAGAAAGCAUCAUCGCUGACCAUGGGACAUCCUGUGACGCUGGCUGUGUUCCAGCAGGUGAAGGGUGCCACUGAGAACAGAGGGGUCGACAUUCCAAGAGACCUCCAAAGAAUACGUCCGGGAGAGCUGGUAUACGUCAAGGUGUUCAAAAGAAAGUGGGACCAGCCACGAAGGGAAGGUCCAUACAAGGUGAUACUUGCCACACCAACUGCCUUGAAAGUCGAAGGUAAGGACGUUUGGUUCCACCUUAACCACUGCUGCAGAGCUAACACCCCAGGGAGACCCACACCCUGGCCUAGAACCAGAGCCCGACAGAGAGCAGCUCCCCCAGAUCCACAAGGGGACGGCGAGGCCGCCCCAAGGGCAGAAAGAGAUCAACCAGAAGGGGAUGGCGACGCCUCCCCACAGGAACAGGGGACGAGAAGGUCUGCACGCGUUGCACAGAGACGCAGGGCAGAGAGAGCCCAGGGCGACAGCAGCGGUUCAACCCAGAGUGAGAGCAGCGGGUCACUACUGGAGAGGGUAUCAACAGUGGCAGAGAGCUCAUCAGAGGGGAGCUCCUCAGCCGCCAGGACUGGCAGCCAAUCUCAACCUCAUGAGUCAUCAUCUGCUAGAGAUAGGGAAGAUCAUGAGAGGACAAGUGCAGAGAGAGAGGUGGCUGCAGAGGCAGAAGGACAGGAGGGAGAGGGAACAGAGGCAGAGGGAGAAGAAGGCGAAGAAAGCCUUAGCUCAGAAUCAGGCGAGGGUAGAGCAACAGGAAGGCCAGACUCAGGCUCAGGCACAGGCCCAGACUCAGACUCAGGCUCAGACUCAGACUCGAGAGACACAGACACAAGAAGACCAGACCCAGAAGAAGGAACAGCCCCCCGGCAAACGGGAGGGUCUGAAUAG